GCUCUACUGAUGGUAUACAUCUACCUAAAAUAAUUUCUUCAGAACCAAGUUUAGAGUCUGAAUCAGAUAAUAAUUACAUGGACUGUUCAAUAAGGAGUUUUAAAAAUCAAGAACAAACCAUUGUUAUCAACUGAGAAGUUAUGAAAGAAACUAUGAGAACAGCAAUAGGCAUGGAUAUAACAGCUCAUAAAAUUACAGCAACCCUGAUAAUGCUAGUCACCACAGCUGGAGGUGAUCCAAAUAAGUUGCCUCUUUCUUAUACUUCAGCUUUCCAAAUGAAAAACAAUAUUAUUGACAAAGAUGUUGAAAAUAUUAAGAUUUUGAUAAAAAAAAAAGAGAUCGAACAAGGUAAGGUGAAAAUUCAGCUACACUUUGACGGAAAGUUAACCAAGGUUUGCAUAUAUUUAAUUUUAACUGGUGUUUUAAUUGAAAACAACUGUUUUUCUUACAAUGUUAAUCUAAUCCUAAUUCUAGGACUUGAUAUCGAAUCACGGUGAUGUUGCAACUUAUAGGAUUUUUUGUGAUAGGAUUUGUGAGAUCUGGAGGUACUGAUCAUCACUUUGGCGCUCCAAGAAUUUAUUCUGGUACAGUGCUAAAUCACUUCAAGCCUAUAAUUCGUGUUGCUAUAUACAGACUGCGAAACGAUGUUGGUAAACCAUUGUUGAUGCUUGCUUGUAGACAUCAUGUUUUAGAAGCCAUAUUAAAACAUUAUUGGUUAGCAGUUACCAUAGACAAAACCACAGGACCUGACAACACACUCUUUAAAGGCUUGAAAAGUAAGUGGAAUGAUAUUGAUGUGAAAAACUGUGUCAUCACUCACUUCAAAUGGCAAUCUAUUUAUGAUUCUUGGUUUAAUGAACAAGCAGAAAAAGCAAGAAAAUGUUUAAUGACGAUUGUGAAUGAAGGAGUCUUUAAAAACUCUCAGAGACACGAGAAGAGAGCAGACUACCAGGAACUGCUGAGCUAGCUCUCAUGUUCUUGAAAUCGACAUUCAAGCCUCUCAGCAUACACAAGCCUGGAGCAGUACAUCAUGCUCGUUUUAUGGCAAAGAUUAUCUACUAUCUAAAGAUAAUGCUUCUUCUUAAUUCGACCAAGCAAAUCCUUUAAUUGAGCUAGGAGUAGAUUAAUGAGGUGAAAAAGAUUUUUAUUUCAAUUUUCUAUACUCCUCAAUUUCUGAAAGCUAAAAAAUCAGAU